UUGUAAUACGACAUUUAGAAAUAGUGUAGACUGACUACAUCAGUAAUAUGGAGAAACUACUACUUUUUAUUUGCACUUUUGUGUUCAUUUCUUUUGCCGUUGACUCGAAGAAGAUAGGAUCCGUCAGUGAAAAUUACAAUACAUGUCUAACUGAUACUAACGUAUCUGAGGAUGACAUGUUAACAGUACAAGACAUAACAAAGGACCAAUACAAAUCCGAAAGUCAAGAAAGAUUAAACAAGAAUGGUUGUGUCAUGCAAUGUUUGUUACAAAAAGAAGGACUGAUGGAAGAUGCAGAAUAUAAGACAGAAAAUAUGCAUAAUGAAUUUAUCAAAAAGACAAAUGUUGAACCAGGAAAUAAAAGAUUGGAAAGUCUGGACAAAUGCAUAAAUGAAUCAAAAGACCUUACAGAAAAAUGCGAAAAAGCUUUCCUUCUUUCUGCAUGUUUCAUAAAAGCUGAACACAAACAUAAGCAUGAAAAUGAGAAUGAAUCUAUAAUAUAGUGACAAUAAUUAAAAAUA